AUGGCGGAAAUCCUGGGCGGCAUCCAGACUGCGGAGGCGAUCACGGGCCUGAUGACGGCGGUGACCAAGAUCAUCGUGUACUGUAAGAAGCUGAAGGACGCACACAAGACGGCGGAGAGAGUGUUGGAUCGGAUCGGUGGGCUGGAAGCGACAUUGGAGAGCGUGAAGAUGGUGUUGGAGGAGCGAAAACAGCAUCACGUGCAACAUCACGUGCCAUGUCACGUGCAACAUGCACACCACGACGUCAUCCCGGGAUUAUUGUCCGGCAACACCCGUGCGAUAUUCGAGGGGAACAUCCGCGACAACGCGGAUCGGUGCAAGAAGACGGUCGAGCGCAUCCAGAACAAGUUGGACAGAUACCACUCGGCCAAGGGAGAAGACCACAUCCGCCUCGCAGACCGGCAGAAGCUGGUCAGGAACGCCGCCGACCUUGACCGACUUCUCGGGAUCCUGGAUGCGCAUAAGAACACGCUGGUCAUCUCGCUCACCAUCCUCAAUAUGUGAGCACGUUCGCCACGGAGAUGGGAGGUGGAUCGUAUGGAAGAAUGAAUGGUGCGACUGACCAUCUCCCAGUUACGACCACGACCCGUCUCCGGCCCAUAUCAACGUCAACAUCGACGUACCCGCGGCAACGCAGACAUGUCCAACCGGCCAGCAGUCACCGACAUCUCAACAUGCGACAUGUCCAGAUGCGACAUGUCCAGAUGCCGACACCAAGGGCGAUCUCUCCGAGAAGGCGUUGGAAGACCUGCAACCGAUCCGGCACAUCACCGACCGCAUCUUAUUAUCUCGCCUGGCCGAGAGCACGGGCGACACCCAACGCCAGCCCGAUUGUCUUGCACCCCCUGAUCCCCUGCGCUACACUAGUACUACCUCUGGGAUCAAGUCAAAUUCCACCAUUCGAGUGUCAGAGCCGGCAGAGUCGCCGCCGGCCACUCACCCCGCUCAGCCACGGGUCGAGGCCAUCACCUUGCCCGACCAGGAAGCGCUGAAAGAGUUCAUAUUGACCUACUCGGAGCGAGGACGCCGGUACUUGGACGCCUGCCAGUAUGCCGAAGCGGAAACAUGCCUCGACACGGCCAUCGCAUAUCUUGCAGCCCUGGAAGACGCAAGCAGCAUCCAACUCAGCCAGCUCGUGGGCCUGCUCGAGAACCUCGCCAGAGCAAAGGCCGGUCUGCGCUGCUGGUCAGCGGCCGUCAAGAUCGUCCAGGACUCUUUGCUGAACUCGAAUCCUUUACUGGAGCGUAGUGAUGCGGGGAGUCCCCUUCAGAACAGGCUCAUCAUCGCCCGCCACUUGGAACUGCUAGCAUCGGUGUAUCUAGACAAAUACCUGCGAGACCCCGAUAGGACUGACGAGGACUGGAUUUUGGCGCAUAACAGCGCUCAAGAUGCGUGGAAAGUCUGGUAUGAGCUGGAGACUUGUGGGCAAGCUGGCUGGUCCAAAGAUCAGUCUGACCACCUCCACGAGUGCUUACAUCUGCUAGUUCGAAUCUACAAAGCCAAGGAUAUGCAUACAGAGGCGCAGUACUACGGAAGACAGCUGAGAGGUCGCAAUUCAUCAGUCGAGCGAUCAGUUCAACAUUCGCAUCCACAAUCUCGCCCAAGGCCGCUGUCUUGCAUCACGAGCAUGCCUCAUCCAGCUGACCCGACCAUCAUACAUGCAUUUCACAAUCAAAGCAUUGAUGGGAUAACAGCCCUUCGUAAGGCUGUGGAGGCGGAAAACGGGUGGACUCUGAUCCACUUGCUCGAUCCCGCUCCCGCUGGAUGCAACAUAUCCGUCGACGAACACGAUGUUGAUGGCACUGCGCUUCAUUUUGCUGCAGCCAAAGGCAUAACAUCCAUGAUCAGUGCGCUUCUGAUAGGAGGUGCGAACAUCGACGCCGUCGACGAUCGCCACAGAACGCCUCUGUUCUUGGCCGUCGAGCGAGGCGAUCACGCGAGCAUGAGUAUCAUCUUAUCGUGGAACGACGGAAAGGUGGACAAGAAGACCACACACGAUCGUCAGGGCACUCUUCUUCACGCCGCGGUCAAGAAUGUCGACACUAGAUGCACCGAGCUUCUCCUUGCAGCAGAGCCGGAGCUCCUCGACCAGGUGGACAGAUUCGGACAGACUGCAUUACACUAUUGCGCGGAAAGCGGCUGGGUCGAACAAGCUCAAGUCUUGAUGCAGCACGCUGCCACAGUCAACGUCGCCGACAAUCAAGGACGUUAUCCCGUAUCUCUCGCUCUCACCCGUGACAAUGGCGAUCACGAAGCGGUCUUGAAGAUGUUGCUCGCUGCGGGAGCCAGUCCUGGGCCGACCCAGUUGACCACCAAACAGCAGCAGUUCUACGAUAGAAUUCACAUUCGACUCGCUCAUAAACAGCGUAGAGCAACCUUGGUCUCGGAGUCGACCCACGACAUUUCUCCUAGGACAUCCCGUGCGACUAGUGUCACGACUACGGCGGAAGGAGAAGAACGGAGACGGAGACGGCUGUCACUAUUCCGCGUGAGGUCAAGCUGA